AUGAUAACCAAUAUUAUGCGUCGACUGCACGAUGAUUUAGAAAAAGAUCCAGACUAUUCUGGUUCUGGUUUUGGUCCUGAUGACGAAGAUUCAUCAACAGAUCACCAUCAUAGACGUCCAAGCAUACAUACGCAAACUGGUAUUUCAAAACAAAAUACAAACGACAACGAUUAUAGCACCAGUAGAACCCAUCAAACAAAUAGUGGCACAAUCAUUGGUAGCGGCACUAGUGGCAAUUCAGGCAUCAUCAGUGGCAGUGGAAACACUGGCAUUAAUACAAUUGAUGAUGAUGAUUUCGAUCUUGAUGAAACCAUUGGCGGCGGCAGUGGUGAUGGUGGUAUCAUUGAUCAUGGCGAUAAUGAUGAUGAUGACGAUCACACAGGCGAUAUCGAUAAUGAUGACGGAGAAGAAAUUAUUGAACAUGAUAAUCAUCAUAUCGAUAUUGAUGCCGCUGCCGGUGGUGGUAAUAAGCUUAAUGAAAAAGAGCAUAUCGAUCCAUAUGAACAUUCGACGACGGAUGAUCGUAAAGCCACAAAUAAUUUGGAUGAAGAUGACACUGUUGGUAAUUAUGAUGAAAAUGAAGAAACCAUACAAGUGCAUAGAGAAAAGAUUGACAAUGAUGAUGAAGAUGAUGAAGGCACUGAAAUAUAUACCGAUGUGACCGAUCCAAACAAUGACAGCAACGGCGGAUCAGCGCAAACACGUCAGUGGCUGCUUAUAUACCCGGAACCAUAUGCAAAUACAUAUGGCACACAAUUAUCUUUUAAAUAA